UAGGGGAAGGGUCCAUGUAAGGAAUGGAAUCUUGCACAGGGCCACUGCAAGCUUACACAGCUACAUCCAAUCCAAUCUUCACAGCAACUCAAAAGGAGAUCUUGUCCUUGCAGUUCUACACAUCUGUGGGCCAUGAUAUUGGUUUGCUAUUUAUUCAUAACUGCAUACUUUUGCUAAAGGAAGGAGCUUCAGUAUUGUUUUCCAUAAAUGACUUGGGCAUGGAGCUUGCUGCCUUGAGCAUUGAUUUCUGGAAGCUAAUCAAUGCUGCUCUAUAUAUUAGUUCUUCAGUUCCAGCGGCGACAGGUGUACAACACACAUUGGUGGCUGCCUGUUGACCCCAGGUGAAGGCAUUAGCCAAGGAAAGGGCAAAUUAAAAGAAAAAAAAAGCACAGAAAUGACCACAGGAAUGAUAUUCCUUGUGGGAGAGACAGAGAAGAAAAGUAAGAUUCUGGGAAA